UAUAAAUCUUACGAAGGAAUCCGAGAUAGCCGAUGUAUCACGAUUGGAGGAGAGGUUAUACAACGUAGUGACGUCACGGCACAGUGACCCAGUUAAAAUAUGUAAACAUAGCCUUCAUGUUCUAGAAAUCGAAAAAAACCCAUUCUAUCAAAAGUUCGUAAAAAUGACCCCGUGAAAACGCGUGUAUAAAAAGUCGACUUCGAGCGAUUGAAGUCAACAUUGAAUUUUACAAUUCAAAGGAGACCAAAUAAUAGCAAAAUCACUUUCAUACACCGGUUGAAAAAGGAAUAGGUUCCGGCGAUGGGUCUUCUGUCCGAAGGAUCUCCACUUUCCUGGGAGGAGACAAAAGCGCUCGCAGACCACGUGCGAAAACAUGGAAUACAACAGUUUAUCAACCAGUUUAAGAGGCUGAAAAGUAGAAAACGUGAUUACCUUUAUUGGGGAGAUGAGGUGGAAUAUAUGUUAGUGAAGUUUGACAGGGAAAGAAAAACUGCAAAGCUGAGUUUAAGGGCGUCGGAUGUUCUACAUGAACUUCAGAAAGCUGAGAAACAGAACCCACAGUCUCACCCGACCACAUGGCGGCCUGAGUAUGCUGCCUACAUGGUGGAGGGGACUCCUGGCAAGCCCUAUGGGGGACUGAUGGCCCACUUCAAUCUGGUGGAGGCCAAUAUGAGGCUGAGAAGAACAGAAAUCAAGAAAUGUUUGGCAGAAGAUGAAUUCCCAUUAGCUUUAACCUGCUUCCCAAGGCUAGGCUGCCCUGGUUUCUCGAGUCCAGACACUACCCCCACCCCGGAGGCUGGGGCAUCAAGGUCAUUGUUCUUUGCAGAUGAGGUCAUAUUUCAAGGUCACCCAAGAUUCAGAACUCUAACACGAAACAUUCGUCAACGACGGGGCAAGAAAGUGGCAAUAAACAUUCCAGUGUUCAAGGACAAGUACACCCCAGAUCCAUUUGUUGAGGACCUGACACAAUAUGGGGACACAGGGGAAGGAGCCACGGGAUCUAAGCCUGAUCAUAUCUAUAUGGACUGUAUGGGAUUUGGGAUGGGCUGCAGCUGUUUGCAGGUGACAUUCCAGGCCUGUCACAUCGAGGAAGCCAGAAACCUGUACGACCAACUGACCCCCCUGUGUCCAAUCAUGUUAGCGCUGAGUGCAGCAUCUCCUGUUUAUCGAGGCUACCUGUCUGACAACGACACUCGGUGGACUGUUAUCGCACAAUCGGUCGACGAUCGGACGGAGGAAGAGAUGGGGUUGAAGCCCUUGGAGAAGGACCGGUUUGUGAUCAACAAGUCGCGCUAUGACUCUGUGGACAGUUACCUCUCGAGCAGUGCAUACAGCGACAUAGAGCUGGUAUACGACAAGGACCUCUACAAAGACCUCAUUAAUGGAGGUAUAGAUGACCUUUUAGCCAAGCAUGUGGCCCAUUUAUUCAUCAGGGACCCAGUCUCAUUGUUCAGCGAGAAAGUAAAUCAGAACGAUGAAGUCGACACAGACCAUUUUGAGAACAUUCAGUCAACCAACUGGCAGACAAUGAGGUUCAAGCCUCCGCCCCCUGACAGUAACAUCGGUUGGCGCGUGGAAUUCCGACCAAUGGAGGUGCAGCUAACGGACUUUGAGAAUGCAGCCUUCACUACAUUCAUGGUGCUCAUGACUCGAGUAAUACUGACCUUUGGACUGAAGUUCAUAAUACCGCUGACUAAAGUGGACGAGAAUUUGAAGCGGUCGUUCAAGCGUGACGCUGUACUGGAGCAGAAAUUCUACUUCAGGAAGGACAUUCUUACAGACUGCUCACCCCCUGAGGCUGAAGAUGCUGUGAUACAGUGCUGCGAUGGGGGCAAGAAGUGUAACAUACAGGACCAGUACACCCAGUUGUCUAUCAAUGACAUCAUACAUGGAAAGGAGGACUUCCCAGGCCUGUUGCCACUGAUAGAGAACUACAUGGACAUGGUGGAGAUUGAUGUAGACACCCGGUGUACUAUCAAGCAGUACCUCAACCUCAUAUCAUGCCGCGCAAAGGGAAAAUUAAAAACCACAGCCAGGUGGAUACGAGACUUUGUACAGAGCCACCCAGACUACAAGCAAGACUCCUUGGUAUCUGAGUCGAUUAACUACGACUUGCUGUUGAAGUGUGCGCAGAUAUCUGAGGGAACCCAAAGCGAUGACACACUGCUUCCCAGUACCGUUGACACGAAAACAAGUGACGAAAUUCCGUCUGCCAUCUUGAAAGAGCAGAAACUGAUGUGCAAUAACUGCCCCUGAAACGGACCAUAGCUGUUUUCAGAAAUGAUUCCCCAAUGAUAGCGGAUCAUUUCUGUUUUAGGCCAACAUUUUCAGCUCAUCUAGUUUUUGAAAAAAAAAUUAUGAGCUAUUGUCAUCACCUUGGCGUCCGCGUCGGCGUUGGCGUCAGCGUCCGGUUAAGUUUUGCGUUUAGGUCCACUUUUCUCAGAAAGUAUCAAUGCUAUUGCAUUCAAACUUGGUACACUUACUUACUAUCAUGAGGGAACUGGGCAGGCAAAGUUAGAUAACUCUGGCGUGCAUUUUGACAGAAUUAUGUGCCCUUUUUAUACUUAGAAAAUUGAAAAUUUUGGUUAAGUUUUGUGUAUAGGUCCGUUUUAUUCCUUAAGUAUCAAAGCUAUUGCUUUCAUACUUGCAACACUUACUAACUAUCAUAAGGGGACUGUGCAGGCAAAGUUAUGUAACUCUGACUGGCAUUUUGACAGAAUUGUGUGCCCUUUUUAUACUUAGAAAAUUGAAAAUUUGGUUAAGUUUUGUGUUUAGGUCCACUUUACCCCUAAAGUAUCAUAGAUAUUGCUUUCAUACUUGGUAACACUCGCAAACUAUCAUAAGGGUACAGUAAAAGGACAAGUUGCAUAACUCUGGUUGUCAUUUUUACGGAAUUAUGGCCCUUUUUUGACUUAGUAACUUUGAAUAUAUGGUUAAAUUUUGAGGUUUCGAUCCACUUUACUUCUAAAGUAUCAAGGAUAUUGCUUUCAAACUUCAAAUACUUUCAUGCUAUCAUGAGGUUACUGCACCUGGCAAGUUGAAUUUUACCUUGACCUUGGAAUGACCUUGACUCUCAGGGUCAAAUUAUUAAAUUUUGCUAAAAUUGCCAUAACUUCUUUAUUUAUUAUUAGAUUUGAUUGAUACUUUGACAAAACUACUCUUACCUGACAUACCACAAAAGACUCCACCCAAACCAUCCCCCGUGCCCUCCCCCCUCCCCCCCGAAU